GACCGAAGCUGGACCAUCUGGACCUGGUGCCGGAGCCAUGGCCUACCAUGCAGUGCAUGCUGUAGUGUCUGAAGUGGACCGAGAGGACCGAGAUCCCUUGAUGAACAACGAGGAUGACGAUGAACCGAAAUCGCAUUGGCUGAAAGUGCCCAUGUCAAAGACAUCGGCGCUAUCUGUCACUGAAAACUUUGUCAAGAAGUCUAACUGGUUUCGCUCCAGAAAACAGCGGCAGUUGCUGGAACAAAUGGCUCAGCCGCAGCCACUUACUGGGAACAUUUAUAGGUAUAUGGCAGCAUUGGUGAAUGUUGCAAUGGGCCAAGAUCCAGGUCCUGAUCCCACGAAUCCCACUUCCGAUGUGAGCUCUGGAUGUUGCAGCCGUUGCAGCUGCUGCAGCUGCAGCAAUUGCUGCGGUUGCUGCCAUUGUGGAAAAUGCCUCUCCAGCUCUUGGUGGAGAUUAACACCAGGAAGCAUCCUGACUGUCAUGAUGAUCCAGCUCAUCGCACCAGUUUCGAUUUGCUAUUCGCAUGUAAAGAGGCUGGAUUGGCAGAGCACGCACUUUGGGCUGGGCCAUGAGUCUGGCAUUGAGUUUUGGCUUGGUCGGUGCCUUGCAGCGCUUUUCCUCUUCGGCUUUGCCGGCUUCUUACGAGUCCACCUUGGUGAGGAGAUCCAUGCUGAUCGCAAGAUGCGGCUGCUGAUCAUGAAGGAUGUGAGGCUCGGUCAGCUGAUGGGACGAGCUCAUCACUGGAUGACCGUUGGAAGAAUCAUGAACUUCAGCGUCAGCUUUUUCUGCCUCAUCGCGAUGUGGUUGGUAUUCCACGUAUCAAGUGAGCCUAAGGAUGUUGUCUAUGAUUCUAUGGGUUUGGCCUUCAUCAUCAAGCUGGACAAUGUGGCCGGCGACAUGGGUGUCAUCGGGCCAGCUCAAUGGGACGAAGACGUCCUGGGGAUCUACUGGACUUUGGUGAUGGGCUCUGCAGCUUCAGAGAAGCACGAGAAAGAGGAGAGAACCGAAGCCCAUGAGGUGAGCGCCACAAUCCGCAAUUUGCUCAUGAAAAAGGCAGUCAGGAUCUACAACCAAAAGAUGAAGCACGAGAAGUCGGAGGAAGCUUCUGGCACCCGGAGGCACAAAGAAGCUCGACUUCCAGACCGCAAUUGGGAUGACAUGACUUGGUUUGUCCCUGAUCCAGAAGAAGGCCAGGUGAAUUUCAACGAAGUGUUCCAUCAUCCUGCAGUCCAAGAAUAUGUGCAAAGCGAGGAUUUUGUGAACUAUAUCUAUUCAAAACUUGGGAAGGAGCGGGCUAUAGCAGACCAGCUCGGCUUGGCUUUCAUCAGAAUCUUCCAGUACAUCGGUCCAAUCACCUUCUUUUUCAUACAGAUUGCUAGGAAAGCUUAAGUUUCACACUGCAAGAAUGCGAACAAGCAUCGGGAAAAAGGAAAAGUUUGC